AUGCCCACAACAUCUUCACGUUCACUUUUAGAUGCUCUGAAAGAAUUUUUUCGAAGUGAUUAUUGUCAGGAUGAUAUUCUUAAACUUUUUCCAAAAGAUAAAUCGGAAAUACCAAAUGUUCUUACAUUAACACUAAAUUAUUGUAAAUUAUUGGAAUAUGAUUUUGAAUUGGGUCGACUUCUUUGGGAUUUAGGUCCACGCGCUCGAUAUUUUUUUGAUAAGCUUACAGAAGCAUUUAAACUUGUAGCUUUGGAAUUAUCAGAUUAUUCAUUACCUGACGAUGUAAAAACCAAAAUAAAAAUAGUUAAAUUUGGAAGUAAUCGAUCAGAUCUUGUUCGUUAUGAAAUUCCAAAUUGUCAAGAUCGUGGUCAUUUUAUUUGUUUUCAUGGUACAGUUAUUCGUGUUGGUACACCGUAUGUUUUUGAUGCAACACGAUCAUAUCAAUGUGAAGAAUGUGGUUCAAUAAUAACAGUAACAAAAUCGAGUAAUAUGGAAAAAAUUAAAUUAAAACCAACACGAUGUUCAAAUGAAGAUUGUUCAUCAAUUAAAUUUAAAUCAUUAAAAGAAACGGAAGAUAAAACAAUAAAUUUAUCCGAUUAUCGUGAAAUAAAAGUUCAAGAAUCAUUACAACGUGUUACAUCAAAUAAUUUACCACGUUCAUUUAGUGUUAUUCUUGAAGAUGAUCUUGUUGAAGCAUGCAAACCAGGAGAUGAUGUUGCCAUUUAUGGCUUUGUUCAAGAUCGUUGGCAUCCAGUACAAGUUGGUGGUCGUGGUCAAACAUCUCUAUGUUUAGAAGCCAAUAAUGUUGUCGUGCUUAAUGAUCAAACUGCUAGUGUUUCACCACAUGCUUAUGAUGAAUUUGAACAAUAUUGGCAUGAUAAUCAUCGAACUCCAAUUUCCGCUCGAAAUCGUAUAUUAGCUAGUAUAUGUCCACAACUUUAUGGACUUUAUGUUGUUAAAUUAGCGAUUGCACUUAUAUUAGCUGGUGGUGUAACUAUUUCGGAUGAAAAACGUGGUAUUCGUGUUCGUAGUCAACCUCAUUUAUUAUUAGUUGGCGAUCCAGGUACUGGAAAAUCAUUUUUUCUUAAAUAUGUUGCAAAAAUGAUGCCACGAGCUGUGUUAACAACAGGAGUUGGUUCAACAAGUGCUGGUCUAACAGCAACAGCUGUUCGGGAUGGACCAGGAUGGACAUUAGAAGCUGGUGCUUUAGUUUUAGCUGAUGAAGGUAUUUGUUGUAUUGAUGAAUUUAAUACAAUGAAAAAUCAAGAUAAAGCUUGUAUACUUGAAGCAAUGGAACAACAAACAAUAAGUUUAGCUAAAGGAGGAAUGUUAAGAACAUUACAAACACGUUGUUCAAUCAUAGCAUCAGCAAAUCCAAAAGGUGUUUAUGAUAAUGAAGAUCCAUUAACAAUAAAUACUGCACUUUCAUCACCAUUACUUAGUCGAUUUGAUUUAAUUUUACUUACACUUGAUACACAAAAUCAAGAAUGGGAUAAUAUUGCGGCAACAUAUAUUACCGAAGGAAUUGAUUUACUUGGUCAUGGUACUUUGAAAAAACCAUGGCCAAUAACAAAAAUGCGUGAUUAUUUUAUGACAAUUAAAUCUACUGAACCUGAAAUGACACCAGAAGCUGAAACAAUUAUUAAAACAUAUUAUUCAAUGUCUCGUCGAAUAACUGAAAAUACUGAUCGACAUAUUACAGUUCGUCAAUUAGAAAGUACUGUUCGUUUAGCACAAGCUCAUGCGAAAUUAACUUUUUCGAAACAGGUUAAUAUUCUUGAUGCAAUUAUUGCUGUUCUAUUAAUGGAAGCAAGUCUUAAUGGUUGUGGAAAAUUAUUAGAUAAAAUUAAUGCUCUUCAUACAACAUUUGCAGAACAACCCGAACAAGAAUAUGAAGGACAUGUUCAUCUUGUUCUCAAUUGGCUCAAUCUUCCGGAAUUACGUGAUCUUGAAUUAGAACGUAUUAAGCAUAAAUAUGAUCAAUCAACUCCAUGGACUGAAAAUGAUGAAUAUGAAAAACGAACAAUGCCUCGUGAAUUUAAAAAACCACUGCCACCACCACAACCUUCAACAGCUAAUACAGUCACUCUCUUGUCAACACAAAUUGCACAUAAAGAAAAACGAGAAGAAGUAAAAUUACAUCAACGUACUGAACAAUAUUCGACGCCACUCUCAACUAAGCCACCUGUAUUUAAUAAUAAACUAAGUCCAAUUGAUAAAAUUGGACCAGCAACGCGUAUGAACAGUCAAAUACUUGUUCCAAUACAAGAAAAUGAUUCUUUUGACGAUCAGUCAUCACAAGUCAAACGUCGUAAAAUUGAUGACCAUACAUCUGAAUUUAAUGCAAUAAAAGAAGAUAGUAAAGAAGAAGUGUAUUUGAGCACGAUUGAUGAUAUUCAAGAAGACGAUUUCAAUUUUUGA